GAAUUAUCCGUCCCCAGUCUCAAACCUUUUGCCCAAGACCUGCCAACUCUGCGCUCUCAACCGCCACACACACACGCGCGAUCGUGCUUUUUGCUCGAAUUCAUGACUGGCGACCGUUGUUGAGCUUGUCAACUCUUCCCCAGAGACGUUGGGCUCAGCCAACUUUGUGAUCCUCGCCGGGACACUUUGCAAUUUUCCCAAAGUUAAUCCGAGCUAAAACGUCGGCGCGCUAUGGAUCCCAGACAGCAGCCGCCACUGGGCGUGCCCUUUUCGAGAAACGUAGCAUCACCAACCUACGGACGCUCACCGUUUCCGCCGACCUCGAGCUCGACGACAACCCCGGCGCCGUACCCGCCUGCAUCGCAUCCGCAGUCCCAUCCAUCCUCGGCGAGUCCUGCGGCGGGUGUUCCAUACGCCGAGCACCAACGACGCCCUUCCGACGGCAACCCCUACUUCCACCAACACCAGUCGAGACCACCGUAUGCUCCCGAACCGACGUCGCAUAUCCCGCAUCCUGCACAGACUCAUGUCCGACAUCAGAGUUCUUCGUCGAUCGGUGGUUCUCUGAGUCGCAACAUGGCACCCCCAUCUCCACCGCCUCAACAGCCCCAUCUACCCCCGGGCCAUCAGAUGGGCCAAUAUGGCUUCUCUCCCGCCCCAAGAGCCCCUCCUCCCGGAAUGGGACCGUCGGGUACGUUUCCUUCAGGUCGAGAGCUGCCUGCGCUCAGCUCAAUACAAAGGACAGGCAGCACAGGUGGGAGCAUGUCGCUGUCAGCCAUGCUGUCAGGUCCGCCAGCACCUAGAGAGCCAACGCCAGGUCAUGCAGGUCAUCCCUCGUUCCCGCCUCCCGCCACAUCUUCGGCUGGGUCCGGACCGGGGCCAGCCUUCGCAGGCCCCAUGCCGUCUCCCCGGAUGCAGAACGCGUCGGCUGAGUACAAUGCAUACGGCAGAAGACCGCAGACACCACCCGAGCACACAAGACAAUACGAUCCCAGAGAUCAGAGAGGUAGCGCAGCUGGAUCUCCCCCUCAGGUUAUGUACGGAACCCCUGAAGUCUCGAGAUAUGGGACACCUCAGGCUUACCCGCAGCGCGCCCCUCCCAUGACCACAGGCGAGGACAGGAGAGACCAGCCUAGUCGCAUGUCCACCGGUAGCAUGCCGCCGCGGCCAUCAAGCCAACCUCGAGCAUAUUCAGGCAUGUCUGGACGACCGGUCGAGCUGGGACGAGGACCACCGCCAGGCGAGCCCAUCUACGGGCGUCGGGAGGAAAUGCGGCCGGGGCAAGGACAGGGACCAGCGGAGUUCAACCCCGAGCGGCCACCACGGGCAAUGGCGUACGAUGAGCAGCGGCGAAUGAUAGAUCGCGAACGUGAGAUAAGAGAACAGUUCGACAGAGAGGCUGAAUGGCGGGAGAGGGAAAGACUGGAGAGGGCUCGAUUCGAAGAUCAACAGCAACGCCACUUCCAGUCUGAACAAAGUCGCAUGGAACGCGAGCGAGCAGAGCGGGAGCGGAUGGACAGAGAAAGAGACAUGGAACUGCGCGAGAGGGACAGGAGAGAACGGACCACUAGUGAUCCAUCACGACCACACAGCCAGCGUCCUGUCGAGUAUGGCCCACAUGGUCCACCGGGUGCACUGCCACCACAAUACGCCAGAGCCGACCCCCGAGAUCAAGGAUCGUGGCAGCAACGGCCUGGGUUUGAGCAGCCUCAGAGAAUCCCGUAUGACCAGUCGUAUCCGGGGCAGCAGCAGCGGCCCGGCGAGUAUCCCGGUCCUGCGCCUGGGCCCGGACCUACGACGACAGGACCAGCGUACGCCGGUUAUCCUGCUCACACACAGCCACCCAUGGAACGAUACCCGCAACAAGGCCCCGCUCCGCAUAUCAUUCCCACCAGCCAACCAGGACCGCCCUACGAUUCCCCCGAGAGGCACAGGUUCGGGCUCCCGCAACAUCAGCAGCAGGCACAUUCUCAUCAUGGAGCCCGUCCUAGCGAGGAGGGGCCUCCUCCUCCGUCUCUCGCAUACAAUGGUGGACCUGGCACGACUCCCUUUGAGGGUGGACGCCAUAGACCCGCGGAAGAUGGACACGUCGCUCCCAGUCUAGCUCGUCAGCAAAGCGGUGGGCUUCUGGCUGUUGGGGAGAUCAAUCGUAAGGGACGCAUCUCACCUCUGCCACAGCCCGUGCAAGGACCGCAGGCGCAGGUACCAGGACCGCCGGCUGGGCCUGAGAUCAAGAGGGAGUUCGGACGCAUUUACUCUGGCAUAGGCAGCGGCACCAUCAGAGUCUCGAGUCCGGUGCCUACCGGGGGCCACCCCUUCACGAAUGCGGGGCUUGCUCGUCGCGACGAUAUUGAGCCUCCACCGCCAGAGGUGACCGUUGAGCCGGCCGCCAAGCCUACAAGGAAGCGCAACCGAAAAGCCAAGGAUGAGGAUGCCAAAGGUGAUGAUGAUAGUACUGGCAGGCUCACACCGGUGGGAAGAGGGACUAAGAGGCCCAAAACUCACGGCAAACAGCAUCGUGCUGAGAAGGGAACUUGUAGUCACCACCAUCACCAUCACGCCCCAGAAAGAACUGCAUCCCCACUGCAUGCGCUCAAGGCCAUCAAGUCGGGAACGCCGAAUUUGUCGCCCACCAUGCCGCUUACCACCCACAACCACCAAAUACCUCGACCGACACCGGCUCCGAAAGCACAUCUUCCCAGCCCACCCGCGAUCCCCAAACCAAAGAAGUUGGUGAAUUCGCAGGCUGUGCUCGACAGCAUUGCUCACAAGGAACGCAAGCACCUUGGUGACUUUGUGUAUAAUCCGAUUCUGAAACCAACUCAAAUCCAAGAUACGUCCGGGAUCGGUUAUGCCUCCACCCCCACGCCGUUGCCCAUGGAAAUCAUCAAGAAUAACGAGAACUCAACCCUGAUGGUCAAGGUAGAUCGCAGACAUCUCGAGCCUGGCCCACGUCGGGAGAUGAUCAAACGCCAGGCCCUUUGGGGAACCGACGUAUACACGGACGACUCAGAUGUCAUCUCGGCAUGUAUCCACGGUGGGUGGAUCCGUGGUGAGUGGCAAGAUGAGACGUUCGCAAGUCUGCUCGACCUGGAGUUUCCACCACCGAAGUCGUCUAAGAAUUCUAGCGCCUCUACCGAGUCGCAGACAUCACGAUACGUCUUGACCGAGCCACCGCCUACGGGCCCUGUCCACAUCCCACCGGGUAGAGACAUGCAAGUCAUGGUGCUUAUUCUCCCCGCGCUCGAGAAAUACGGCAGUUCAACCCGCUUCGGCCUCACGAGCCGGGAAUGGGGCGGUCCACCGCCCAAGCGGCCACAUGACGGGCUUAGUUUCAAGGUACUGGAGGUACGGUUUGUUAUUGACGGUGCUGCGCCCCAAAAUAGGUUGAGGGGCAAGGGACGCAGGGACCGCAUCAACAGAAACAACAGCGCGUUGCAGCGAAGCAAGUUCAUUGACUUCAAGGCCGUAGUCAACGGCGCAUCAAGUGAAAACGGGAAGGGCGUCAGAAACGGCCUGAAGACAUCAGAAAACGGUACAGCCAAGCGCAGCGACAACGGGGAAGAUGUCAACAAGGAGAACCGGCCCGCAACUAAUGGGGGUAAUCGUGUGAAAGACAGUCGCGUUGGAGGGGUCAGGGUAAAUGGUGUAGAUAUGACGACGACGAAGACAACGGCGGGCGUGACCGCCAAUGGACGUGCCGGCUCCUCUUAGGCGCAAGGUGUCGGGUUGUUAUUUAGUGUCGGCUCGGCCUGCUACUGUUGUGGGAAGGAAAAAUGCGCGCACGACGAAUACGGUGAUAUCAGGAUGGACGAGGAUGCU